UGAAUCGUUUGCAUACAUACUUAAACAACUCGUAGGAAAACGGAAUACUAGAAUUUUAGCGAAGUUAAAAAUGGGAGAUAAUGACAGUAAACAAAAUACAAAUCCGAAUUUACAGUUAAUAAGGGAUCCUAAUACUUCAAAAAAUCGAAUUUUUGUGGGAAAUCUUCCGUCAUGUACACGUGAAGAACUAGAAAGUAUUUGUCAUCCUUACGGAAAAGUAUUGGCAUCGUUGGUACAGAAAAAUUUUGGCUUCGUUCAAUUCGAAUCUGAAGAAGUGGCCAAUAAAGUCGCAUCAUCACUAUCCAAGUCUAUUUUCAAAGGAAAUAUAAUUACGGUUCGGAACGCUGCGUCUAAACAAGCGCCCAAACGGCAACAAUCUGAUAAUCCAGCAGGCGUUUCCAACAUGAACGCCAGUCACUUUACUGGAGCAGAAGCGAUAGCUUCUGGUACUUCAUCAAAUAUGAAUCCAGAUUAUAAUGAUUGCGAAAUCAUUGUAAUUGAUCGGCGCAAUACAAAAUACGCAGAGUACAUUGAGCAAAGGUUAAAGGAUAUUAAUUUAAGAGUGGAUGUGCUCUUUCCAAACGAAGAUGUGCCUCUCGGUAAAGUGCUAAUAAAUAUCUCAACACGAGGAUGUUUAUAUGCAAUAUUGGUCACACCACAGCAUGAAGAGCACAAUAGCAUAACAGUCAACAUAUUGUAUGGCCAGCCAGCAGAGCACCGAAAUAUGCCAGUAGACGAUGCAAUUCAAUUGAUAGGAAAAGACUUCCGCCAGAAAAUAGCUACUGACGCUUCUAAAAAACAAGCAUUUAUUCCAGCUAUGACUAAAGCUGUCGCAAUGGCCCCCGGGGGAGCUGCGUCUCUUAAAGAUAUUCACCCUAAUGCUAUACAAAAUCUUCUUAAUUUACUAGCCGAUAAUAGGCCUUUAACAGUUCUUCAGUAUGACAGAGUAAUAAAAUAUCUCCAGGAGCGUCGUGAGCUGCAAGUAAAGAUAGAACUAGGUGAUGCUGCUGAUAUAGCAAUAAAAGUGCCCGAUCCUGAGAUCGAGUUACAAAAGAGAAUCCUGGAUAUAAUGAACAAACCAUCUGUGGCGGAAACACAUUACAAGCUGCUAUACCCUACUUUAGAAGCUGUUAAAUCAGAUUAUCGUGUUAUGGAGCUCCUAAAAGAUGUCCGGGUUCAGAAAGCACUUGAAUCUUUAAUGGACUCCAGUCUCGUCGGUACUGUUGAGAACUACAUGAAAUUUUAAAUUGAUUUAAAUUUAAUUUAUAAUAAAAACUGGAAAAUUACAUCAUUUUAUAUAAUAAAACAA